GACCCUUGAACUCUGCUGGCCUUUGAACGCGAAGAGAAAAUGGAUUUUUCUCCUCAGAACUGCUUUUCUGCCGCCUUUUCAAAGCUAGACAAGCUAAGAACUCGGCAUGAACUGUGUGAUAUUGUACUGCGGUUGGAGGGGCAGGAAUUUCACGCCCACAAGGUUAUUCUUAUCGCUUGCUGUCCAUAUUUCGAGGCAAUGUUCCUGUCGGGCAUGAGUGAAAGCCGUCAGAGUGUAGUGGACCUCCAAGGACUGAGCCCAGAUGCAUUUGAAGCCAUUCUUCGUUUCUUCUACACGGGUAAUAUCCGAAUCACCAAGGAUAAUGUCCAAACCAUUCUCCCUGCUUCUAGCAUCUUCCAGUUGGACGACCUCAAGAAAGCCUGUGCUAACUUCCUGGUACACCAACUGGCUCCCUGUAACUGUCUGGGGAUAACGACCUUUGCUCGGACCUAUGGUUGCCCUAGGCUUGAGGAGCAGGCUUGGAAGCACACUCUCCUCAGAUUUGUAGAAGUGUCAUCAACUGAAGAGUUUUACCAACUGGAGCUUACGGAAGUAUGCCAGCUGCUGAGGUGUGACCACAUCAAAGUUGCAUCAGAGGAGCAGGUGUUUGAGGCAGCAGUGAGGUGGAUUGAGCACAAUCCCAUGCAACGUGGGCAGUGCAUGUCACAGCUGCUGCGUCACAUUCGUCUCCCACUUCUCCCACUGCCGGUACUGGCAGAUAAAGUGAAGUGCCAUCCUUACAUCAAGGAUGACUUGGAGUGUCGAAAUCUUUUGGACGAGGCACUAAUCUCAUACCAUCUGCUGCCUGAGAGGAGGGGGAGCCUUCCAGCCGAGCGUACGCGGGCACGUCGCUGUCUCUAUGAUAUGGGGAUGAUUUAUGCCGUGGGAGGACUGAGUUCUGGAAGAGGAAACUUAUCUUCCGUUGAAAGGUUUGAUCAAGAGAAAUCAGCGUGGGAGUCGUCCAAGGCUAUGACGACACUCCGCAGCAGGGUUGGCGUGGCUGUUGUCGACCGAAAACUCUUUGCCUUUGGAGGAUAUGAUGGCUCAUCUCGGCUCUUUACAGUGGAGUGCUACAACCCAGAGCAUUUUUCGUUACACUACAGACGAGACUAUGAUAAAUCAUAAAAACAAGUGAUCUUUAUGAAGGACGAGUGGAGUGUCAAAUCCCCAAUGAGUACACGUCGCAGUGCCCUCAGUAUAGCUGUGAUGGAUAAGGACGUGUAUAUUAUUGGAGGCUAUGAUGGGAACACUUCACUCAGUUCUGUCGAGAUCUAUCAUGUUCUGAGGGAUGAGUGGAGCACAUGCGCAGGAAUGAAUACCAGUCGCAGUGCUGCUGGUGCUGCUACACUGGAUGGAAUGAUCUAUGUAGCUGGAGGCCACAAUGGGCUUUCUAUCUUCAGGAGUGUGGAGUGCUACAACCCUCAGGACCACAGCUGGACUGCUGUACCACCUAUGCUCAGUAGGCGAUGCAGGGCUGGAGUUGUUGCACUGAAUGGAAAACUUUUCAGGUACAUUGGUGGUUACGAUGGCCAGUCAUUCCUGGACACUGUUGAAUGCUAUGACCCCAUCACCAAACUCUGGAGCAGAAUAAAGUCCAUGACAUGCAGACGCAGUCGUGUUGGUGUAGCAGUUCUAUCGAAUCAGAUAUAUGCGAUUGGUGGAUAUGAUGGACUGGCCAAUCUGAGUUCAGUGGAAGUGUACAAAACUGAAACUCAGGAGUGGACUCCUGCUCCCCCACUUACUUGCCAUCAGGGUGGUGUUGUUGUAGCUGUUAUACCUCAUGAAUAAGCAUAAAGUUCAAACCCUGAAACGCACGCGCGUGUUAGCGUUGAAACAUGCGCCAAAAAAAUACAGGCUUCACCACGCCACCACGGGUGUAUAGCCUUGUUAACCCUCGGAGCACAUGCGCAGCGAGGGUUACGGUACUUGGUUUGUGUGUCUGUGUGUCCGUUC